GUGAACAAAACAAAUCACAGCAACUUUCUUUUGCUCUCCCCUGACACUUGUACGAUCAUUACCUACAUGGCCAUUAGUUACUUACUCGCCAACCCUCAACGAUGGAAGUUUUCUUGCUGUUAAGCGUAUUGCGCACGGGAUCAUCAGAGAAAAUAAUAUAAAAGCAAACUGAAACGAGUUGUCUGCUGUAAGAUCUAGUCUGGAUUUCGCUUGCUAUAGAACUGCUUGGGAAAGCAGUGAAAAUAUUGUCGGCGUGAUUGGGGUGGAAGUGUUCCAACUUUUGUAGUAUUUUAGUAAAAAUUCAGGCACCAGGAGUGAACUAAAGUGACGACAGAAAACAAAAUAUGCUCCAGCAAUUAGGUACAUUCCUAAUCCUGCUGGUUGCUGCAGUACACUUCACUAGCAGCACUGAAGUUCCAACAGAUCGUGUGGUUCCAGAAACAGAGACAACCGAGCAACAACCACGAAAUAGAACAUGUAACGGUAUUUGUGUGAUAUAUUUCCAAUGCCAUGAGAACAAGAUCGUACCGCCCAUGUUGGGUAAACGGUACGUCCCGGACGACAGCGAACCCGAAUGCCCGUACCGUAAGUACGUUUGCUGCGAGAAACGCUCCGCGCUGGAGGGACCACGGACCACUACUGGCAAGCCUACGAGCGAAGCAACGUGUGGAUUCCGCACCAGGAAACGCACAUUCCCGUGGAUGGUGAUCGUUUACCGCGAGGAGCUGGACGAUCCUAAGAACCAGCUGUUCUACCAGUGUGGCGCUUCGUUGAUCGCACCGAACGUUGCCCUCACGGUGGCCCAUUGCGUGCUGGACAAACCGAAGGAGCGGCUCGUGAUACGCGCCGGCGAAUGGCGCUUAGAAACGGAACAUCAGAACCGCCGGGUGGCCCAGCUCAUCACACGCAAAGCGUCGAACGUGCACUCACUGGCGAACGAUGUCGCCCUGAUCGUUCUCUCCGAACCGUUCCAGCUGACGGAAACCAUACAACCGAUCUGUCUCCCACCGAAGGGAACAUCCUUCGAUCGAAGCGAUUGCUUCACGGUCGGCUGGGACAGAAUGCUCGUCUGCAAUGGAUUCGCGCUGAUAAGGAAGCGGACAUGGGGAGAGCAAGCCGUUGUGCCGCAUGACGUUUGCCCGCACGUACUGCCUCCGAUGCGACCUGUACAGCCGUUUCUGUGCGCGGGUGGCGUUAUCACGCAGGACAUGUGCUCACGUAACUCGACCGGCUUUCCGCUAGUGUGUCCCAUUCCGGGCUCGCCACACCACUACUAUCAGGCAGGUAUUGUCGCGAUGCCCAACGGGUGUGAUGACAAUGGCGCUCCGGGCAUAUUCGUCCAGGUGGCGCACUACCGUGACUGGAUCAACCAGCAGCUGGUGCAGCGCAAAAUCCCGGCACGGGACUACAUCUACGAAAUUGUGAAUACCAAGUCGUUAAAACCGAGCCAACCGUUCAUGAGUGGGUAGUGGGCAGGGAUGUACAAAACAAUAAACAAAACAACACACAAGAAGUUUUCCAAUGAUCGCUAGUUUCGGAGAGGAAGUUGUACAGUUGCUAUUCAAAAUCCAGAAACUAUCUGAAAACAAGAAUUUGAAUGUUACUGGAGAGAAUAGUAUAAGAUCGUACGUGCCCUGAUUGCUUAAUUUCGUGCCUCAACGACAUCUUCCAAAGCGAUGCUGUACGCGUAGAUAGGAGAACCCCCCCC